CAAAAUGUUAGGAUGGAUUGGCCGGGGAAAUGCAGGUUAAUUGCUAAUUUUUAUUCUUUUUGCAAACAACAUUGUAUCCGGUUGAGCUCUCCACAUGCAUUUGGAAUUCUUCCUGGAUGAAACCAUGGCUAUUGCCUUGCUGAAAGAUGACUAUAGGUGACGAAUCGUCUGACGCAUCCAAACCGGCAACUUGCCAAAACCAGCCCUGCAGCUCCUCUUCAGGAGAUAUGGACCACCCUUGUACAGGGUGUUGUGCUGUUUCUUCUGUAACAGACAUUCCAAACCGCACACUCACUAUGGGACCAGCACCAGGGGCAGCUGUGUACUCCAAUUCUUUAUCUGUGCAGGAAAACUCAAAGCCUUCAGUGCAGAAAGUGCAGAAUGAUGAAGACUGUGUCACUGCUGGGGAUGGUAUCGAUCCUCCAGAGAAGAUUCUUUUUCCAGCAGAGAAAUUGUGUUUGAAAUGGCAACAUCACUGUUGGGGAACUGUAGCUGGUCUCAAGAAUCUUGGAAAUACCUGCUUUCUUAACUCAGCACUACAGUGUCUUACAUAUACCCCUCCCCUGGCAAACUACAUGCUCUCGAAAGAGCAUUCCAAAACAUGUCAUAAACAAGGAUUUUGCAUGCUGUGUACUAUGCAGAAGCAUGUAACGCAAGUAUUUGCAAAUUCUGGUUCUACCAUUAAGCCCUUGGAUAUAAUCAAGCAGCUCGAAAGUAUUGCAGAUCAUUUCCGUUUUGGAAACCAGGAGGAUGCCCAUGAAUUCUUGCGUUAUAUUAUUGAUGCAAUGCAAAGAUCCUGCUUGAAUGGCAGCAAUAAGUUGGAUAGAGAGACUCAGGCAACUACCUUAGUAUAUCAAAUCUUUGGAGGUUACCUUAGAUCUCGAGUAAAAUGCUUGAAAUGCAAAGGAGUUUCAGAUACAUUUGAUCCGUUCCUUGAUAUUCCACUUGAAAUUAAGAAUGCAAACAGUAUCAUUGAUGCCUUUGAUGAAUUUGUCAAACCUGAACAGCUAGAUGGAGAAAAUGCAUACAAAUGUAGCAAAUGCAAGCAAAUGGUUGCUGCCACAAAGGGAUUUACAGUUCAUCGAGCUCCUAAUGUCCUUACCCUCUCCCUGAAGCGCUUUGCAGAUUUCUACGGAACAAAGAUUCAAAAGGAUGUGAAAUACCCGGAGUAUUUAAACAUCCGUCCAUAUAUGUCAAAAUCUGUUGGAGAACCAGUUAUUUACGAGCUGUAUGCUGUCCUUGUGCAUAAAGGAACCCACUGCCACUCUGGGCAUUACUAUUGCUGUGUUAAGAACACUCAAGGAGAAUGGAUCCGGCUGAAUGAUUCCUUGGUGUCUCCUGUCGACAUACGAUCAGUACUUAAUCGUCAGGCGUAUGUUCUGUUUUAUAUCAGGACCACAGAUUCCAAAAGUGGAGGGAAUUACUGCCAGUCCACUUGUGCUCAAGAAUAUUCUUCACAACUUUUAGUUAGUCAGCGAUCAGGUAACAGUAAGCGAACUGUAUCAAAAUUUAUUGGACCACAACUUCCUCCACAAGUUGCCAAGAAUUUAAACCAGUUAAAUGGCAGCAAUUCUAUGAAAAAAGCUCCUAGCUGUUCUGCUUCUUGCCCUAACAAGCUCAACAAACCUCGGGAAACUUCUGCACCCUUUCAAAGCCGGCCAUUGAACAGAUCCACAUUUGUUCCAGACUCUCUUAAAAAACAAAAAAUUACCAUUAAUAUUCAGAACUGUAAACUGCUUUCUCGGUCAGGUCAGUCUCAGCCAAGUCUUCAUACUGGCCUUUUGGAAGAGGGCUUGCCCAUGCCAACAGAGUCUCCUACUGCAACCAGUUCAUCUACCACGUUAUCUACCUCAGCUUCCUCUACCAUAGUAGUAUCUGCUUCAGUUUGUAAGACAUCUGGUUCCAGUGACACGUGUUCUACACCAUUAGUGAAUGGUGCCAGUUUUCUUAUCCCUUACACUGCAGAAUCCUCAGACGAGUCCGAUGAGGAGUCUAAGAGGUUGCCCGAACAGAGCCAUCAUUUAAAGAACCUUCCUACUGUUGUAAACGGGAAGGAAGGUGAUAAGAUUCACAAUUUCAUCUUUAGUUCAAGUGCUGAAAUGGAUGAAACUUGUAUUCAGAAUCUACCAAUAAAUUCUGCAGUCACUGUUUCUUCUCAUACAGUGAAGGUUGACGGAUUUGAUUUAAGUGCUGGAAGUGUCUGCUUGAAGUCUUGUAUUUCAGAAAAAAGUGCCCCCCUUCAAAAAGAUGGAUUUCAUGACUUAGUAAUUAGUUCUGGUUUUCCUUCUGUUCCUGAAGAUGGAGCUAUAGAUUCUGUAAAGAACCAUGAUCUAGAGUGCUUUCUUGGUGAUACCAGUAUUAAUGAGACUGAGAAGAAGCCUUCAGAGAGUGGUUGCCAUGUAAUGACCACCACAGUCAGUGGCAGCUCUGCACAUGCCUGUUAUGAAAAUCCAACAGCCCAAUAUUCUAACCUCCACCGCAUUACAAAGGACCCAUUAGGUAGUAGUAUAUUGUCAUCUGAGCAGCACAGUAAAACUUUAAGUCACUUAAACUUCACUGCAAAUGAAAUGUCUCUGGACCAUAGUGAUGCGGUGACUAAGAAAGAUGCAACUGAUCAGUCUUUUAGUAAAAAAACUCUAGCUGACAAUGCACUGCGGUCUUUAAAAGACAAAACUGUUAGCAAUAUGGAAAGCAUUUGUACUUUUAAGAAACCUUGUUCAUAUAGUCUGAAAUCUGAACAGGAACACUGUACUGUAAAUCAUUUAUCCCUUAAGAAAGGCAGCUGCUGUAAUGAAUCAAAUACCCACCGUAUUGAGGGAGGUUUAUUUCCAGUAAAGGAAGAGGCAAGAACAAAUCUUCACAAAAGGAGGUUACAGAAUGAAUUAUCUGAAUCCAACAGGCCAGUAGUGAAUAAUAAAGGGAACAGAGAAGAUGCUCAUGAACUUAAGAGUCGUUCACCAAAUAAAGAUAAGUUUAACAAAGGAGUGGUUUCUAAAGAUCAUGAAGAACUGUACUGCAACAUGGGGAGAGUGACUGAAGGAAACAGUGUGCGAGAGAAUUUUAUUUACAGGGCUAGCCAUAAUAAAAUUAACCAAACAAGAAAAGAUAAGUACUGGAUGCAGGAAAGAAAUAGUUACUGCAGAAACUACUAUAAGUCACCUCAUACUGAGGGAAUUGGACUGAAUUCAUGCAAAGGAGCAGAGAAAAAUAUUUAUUUUAGAGCCUAUCCUAGAAAUGAUAGAGAACACUACUAUCCUGAAAAUUAUAGGCCUCGCAAUAGAAACUGGUGUUACAGGGAUGAAAGGAGAUGGGAAGAGAGUAGGUAUCUUGCUGACGAGUACUGUAACUUCAAGUCAAGAGCAGAACUACAUAAGCAGGUCUGUCAGAGUGAGGAGGAGUAUGAAACCUUUAAAGAUUAUCCAUAUACUGACCGGUUUUAUAGAGAGGAUUUUUACAGAGACCGAUGGAUAUACAAUUCACCGAUCAGAGAGAGCAUGAGUGAUAAUGCAAAACAUACUACUUUUAAAAUGAGCUUUUAUAAUUGUUCAGCUCCCACUGUUGAACACUCUUACAAAUGUUUUAGUGAAAAAUAUCCACCAGUAUUUGAACUAAGAAUCUCAGAUUUCCAACCAAAAUAUCACCGGUAUGAUAUCAUGCAUGAGAGAAAAAGAAAAUUUGAAAACACAGACAGUUGUGAGCAAGAAAUUAGAAGAAAGCAGCAAAAACUUUCACGUGGUGAAUCUUCAUCAGAGUAUCAUUCAAAAAAACACAGAAAGACUAAGAAGAAAAAAUCAAAAGAGAAGUACAGAGAGAAGUACAGCAUUCCUAAGGACCAUGCAGAGUCACAGUUUGCAGAUGCAAACAAUGAAAUUGGUAGACAGAAAGAUAAGAAAAAGAAGAAGAAAAGAAGGCAUGAAGAAAUUGACUGGGACCAUGCUGUUGAUCAGCUUUACUAUAAAAAAUCCCACAGAUACCAGGAAACUCUUAGUGACUUUAACAUAUGGGAGGAAAGUAGGGUUUCUAAAUAUAGAGACAGCACUUCAUCAGAGAACAGAUUGUAUGAAGAGGAAGAAAGUAUAUCUCAUAAAUUUCAGUUCCUGCAAACUGAUGCAUCCAGAAGUAACAUCUCUGCUGCAAAUGAUUAUGCAUGGUAUAAGUUUGAAUUACAAAACAGAAGCCAUCUCCUUGAAGCGUAACAUACAGGAGGAGAAUUUUGGUGCUUAAUGUUCCUCAGAGUAAUCUACAGUAUAUUACAGUGGAAUACUUUUUAAUAAAUUCAAUUUUUACCUUUGA